AUGAUUCAGUUUUGGCGAGAUCAUGUGCUUGAGAAUCGGCCAGGGUGUCUCUACAUCUCGGGUUCGCCGGGCACCGGUAAAACCGCACUUAUGAAAGAUGUAAUUCAACAAAUGGAAGUUGAGAACUCGGCUCUCAAAACACAUAAAGUCAAGGUGGUCGUUAUCAACUGCAUGACGGUCAGAGAACCCAAAGGCAUCUAUUCCAAGCUUGUCGAACAACUGAAAACGGCACGACAAACCAUCAGCAACGAUGUUGUCAAGCAAGCGGAACAGCUCUUGAAUAAUAAGAAGAACGUAAUCAAUGUGGUGUUGCUGGACGAAAUCGACCAUUUGAUUACAAAGGAUCAGGAUGUGCUGUACAAGAUCUUUGAAUGGGCAUCGAUGGCGUCGUCACGGCUGGUCUUGAUUGGUAUUGCGAAUGCGUUGGAUCUCACGGAUCGUUUACUACCACGACUGCGAGCCAAAAACUGUGAACCUCAGCUGUUAAACUUCAAUCCUUACCAGGUGUCUGAGAUUGUGGCAAUUCUGAAAGAUCGACUGUACAGUGUGACGGACACGCCAACGGAUACGAGCGUUCCUCCGCCUUUGAUUCAGCCUGCAGCAUUGGAACUGUGUGCGCGAAAAGUGGCAGCAUCGAUGGGCGAUCUAAGAACGGCGCUCGAUAUCUGUCGUCACGCAAUUGAAUUAGCUGAAAACGAAACCAAAACCAAACCGAAAGCCUUGGGCGAACACAAUGUCAAUGGCACUUUAAGAACCAACGAAGUUCCCAAGGUGUCUAUCUCGCACGUGAUGAAAGUCUUGCAAUGCGUGUUUGGCAACCCUACUGUGCAGAAACUGAAAACACUCAACUUACAGCAAAAGGUGGUGAUUGGUGUGCUCAUGGUGAUGGGCCGAAAGAAAAUUCAAUUGACCAUGGGCAAGGUAUGCAAUUUUUUUUGUGGAUAUCGAUACCUGAGAACAAGGGAAGUGACUGAAAUUUGA